UACACGAAGGGUCUGCGGUCCCCCCCACCACGGGCGGUGUGGACCCGAGCCCCGCCCUCAGCCAGCGAGAGCCCCCGCCCCGGCGGCACCGUGAAGAGGGGGGAGGGGGUGUAUGCCUCCCCGUGACGUCACAGCUUCCAAUUUGCCGUCAGCGGGCUGGUGUGCUGCCGCGGUAGGGCUCGGGGUUGCGCUUCGCUGCGCUGCGCUUGCGGGGGUGUCCGGGGGCUCGCUAAGUAACCGGCCGUAGCGGGGGGAGCCGCAGCAGCCCUCGGGAGGGAAGGUGACAGCCCGGCAGCAUGAAGUUCCAGUACAAGGAAGACCACCCGUUCGAAUACAGGAAAAAAGAAGGGGAGAAAAUCAGGAAGAAAUAUCCCGACAGAGUCCCCGUAAUUGUGGAAAAAGCACCAAAAGCCAGAGUACCCGACCUAGACAAAAGGAAGUAUCUUGUGCCUUCUGACCUCACAGUUGGCCAAUUCUACUUCUUAAUCCGAAAGCGGAUCCACCUGAGGCCAGAAGAUGCCCUCUUCUUCUUUGUCAAUAAUACCAUCCCUCCCACCAGUGCUACCAUGGGCCAGCUGUACGAGGAUAACCACGAGGAGGACUAUUUUCUCUAUGUGGCCUACAGCGAUGAGAGCGUCUAUGGCAAUGAAGUCAACUGAUAAACUAGCACAAAGUGCUAGAAAGGACCUCGAGAGAAUGACAAGCCCGCUCCAGCUCUGAGACAGGAUUGAGUAUACCAAACACGUCCACCGUGGCUGCUCACCAAACUUGUUCUUAGGGAACUUCACUGAGGCAGAUCUUGGAGGCUGCUGAGAUUGUCUGUUCAGUUCCUAGCUAGCCUACAAGUGAGAGAGCUUUUCUUGCUACCUAACUUUAGUCUCCCUUGCUGUGCAUUAAGGCAACUAACUACUAAUGGUCUUGUUAUUGGUGAACACAGAAAAUCAUCUGUCAGUGUUGUCCUUGUACCAGUCUUCUGCGGAUUUGAAGAUGGCAGAAGUCCUGUGGGCUUAGCCUUCCCUUUCAUGUCUCAUCCCUGUACAGCCCUUGCACCACAUGCACAAGCAGAAGAAAUCAGUCGCUCCCACGUGUGUUUUGCUGGCUUUUUGUGAUUGGACAACAAUGCCACUCUUCACCACAAGAGAGGUGCUUUUAGACUUGAAGGGGAAUAGAUUCUCUGUAGAUUUUUUUUUUUUAAUUAUUCUAUUUUAAGUCAACAUUGUUCUUAGGUGCCAGAUAGAUGCUGUCCUGUGCAAGCCUUAUGCUGUCAUGCCAAAGCAGUUUCUUCCCAGUGACACAAAUAGCAGAUUUUCCCAUAACUGCCAUAACUCUGAUGAAGGGAUGGGGUUUGGGGAGUGAGCUGACUUUCAGGAAAAUUCUGGGGUUUUAUCUAAAAAUCAGAGAACUGGACCUGAAUUACUGUAAACAUUCCUACAUUUAAGAGAGGGACCAAGAGGGAGGAAAAGACAAGAAGGACAAAGAAGACAGGCAGAUUACAAAAUCAGUUGAAGGUAUUUGCUCUAUUUUACAUGAAGUUAGAUCCCAAUUCUCUGCGUUCCUCAGGAAUGAGAAAUCAAGAUGAGUGAUCCUCUGAUUGUGGAAGACAGAAAAUCAAGUUUCAGCCUUCUCUGACUGUUGUUCCACAGAAGUACAGGAGGCAGAAGAGCAGGCUGGGAGUGUGAAGUGGGAGUCAGUGGCACAGCUGCAUGAAGGUCAGGGAAGGCAGGUGUAGUGGGGCAGGAGGGUCACUGCGCAUGUGGUAUGGGAAGUAGCAGAAGAAUGGGAGAGAAGGGAGGGACCACAAAGGAUGUAGAGUCGUCGUAACAAGCAGACAGAAAAUAGAGGAACAAAGGAUGAAAUGGGUGGGUUAGUAUCCCCAGUUUUUCAUCCUGAACUUCAGGUUUGCUGUUCCAUCAUGUGUUCAUCUGGAAUAAAUGUGUUUGGAUGAGCUGUACCUACUGCCAACUUAGAUAACUUCAGUUUCUGCCGCAGUCCUCUCUUUUUGGCCCACUCUCUUCCAAUUACCAGGCUCUUUUCACAUCCUUUGGGUGCAAAUCUGCAUCAGUCUCUUGUUUUAGGAAGCUCUGAAUGUUCUGAAGCAGAGAACAGACCCAGGAGGCUUUCUAGGUUAAAAGACGAGAUGCAGGCAGAUGGUGUGCAUCUUUCUGCCGCUGUCCCACUUGCUCACACGUGUGCUGCCAAGCACAUGGUUGUGUGUUGUCUCAAAUGAGCCCAUGCUUAGGCAUGCUCAGGGAAGAAAGAGUUGGCAUCUGGAGUGCUUGGUUUUGUGUUCAGACCUCCCCUCCCGCUGCUGGGUUUAUAAAUAAGUGACGUGUGGGACUAAUCUCAGCCGUUUGUUACAUGUAGAGUUUACAGUUUAAUUUAGUUAUUUCACAGGUCUUUUAACUGGAUUGUGGCAUUUACUUCUGUUUUUGCGCUAGUCCGGUAUUGUACGAGGUAACGAUGGUGAUUCUUUUUUGUGUUGGUUAGCUGCAGGUUCUUGUAAAAUAAAGUUCAUACUACUUGAGCUAAAUCAACCAAUCAAUAAAGAUGCAUAUGAAAAUCACAGGCUUGAUCCAAAA